UUAAUCCUCAAUAUCAAAAAACAAACUAUAUAUAUAUAUAUAUAUAUAUAUACACAUACAUACAAAUAUUAAAAGAUUUAAAAUGUAUAUCAACAAAAUUAAAAAACAAAACAAAUGAUUGUAGAAUAAUGUAACUUCAACUUCGGCUCGUUAAAUUUUCCAAUUAUGUGAUUCAAUGAAAUUAUAAAAUUAAAAAUAAUCAAGUUUUAUAAAUCAAUAUGACAUUACCUUUUAUAUUUAUUAUAUUUUGGAUGUUUGGAAUGAUAUGGGUAAGAAAAGAUCCUUGCAUAUCUUCGAUAUAUAACAAUUUAACCUUGCAAUUAAUAUAUUUGUAUAUUCAGGGCGCAUAUCAUUGGUAUAAAGAUAACGAAUCAACACGUAUUGCUUCUUCUCGUAAACCAAAUUUUAAACAAAAAUUAAAGAAUAGAAAAAGUACAACGUCCAUUGAAUCCGUAGAUAUGUCAGAAAAUGAAGAUUUUCCUAAAUGCGUCAAACGAAAGAUAAGACAAGAGAAUAAAACGCGAUGGCCAAGUAGAACGUCAAUUAACGAGUAAUAAAAGUAUUUAAUAUUUCGCAAAUUCAUGUGUUACAUAUGUCGAUAAAACAAAACAAACGUAUAAAUAAAUUAUGGAGGUAUAAAAAUUUAUAGACGUAAUGGUGUGUCUGUAGCAUUUAUUAUUUGCGACUUUUCGAGGCUACGAUACAUAUACAUACAUAUAUAUUUAUAUAUAUAUGUAUUUUUUAUAUACGUAUAUAUAUAUAUAUAAAAGCAGUACACUUAGGAUCAUCAGCUUACGAUUAGAAUAAUUCAUUAAUACUGCAGAAAAUAUACAUAGGAUAUUCGAGUUGAUGCUACAUAAUGUAAACAUUACAAUCAAUCACUAAGAGAUCCAUUCUAUGUAUGUGAGAUGCAUGAUCUCAGAUAUUUUAUAUCAUUCUAAUAUAAAAUCCGUAAAAUGUAAGUAUGUUAAAACUAUUAUCACAAUAUCAAAGAAACUAUAAAUUCGAUGAGAAUAAUCGCUAAAUUCUGGCCAAUGUCACAAUGUCUAUUACUUCGUAGGAAAAAGUUGUAUAUGUCUCAUACUACUUCUAUGCAGAAAAUAAUAAUUUAAGAUUUGGUCACAUGAUGCACUAACUUGUGUGAAAAAUACAAAUAACACUAUAUGAAUAAACGUAUAACCAAAAGUAAAUUUAUUUGUACUUGAAAUAAUACGUUCAACAAAAAAAAAAAUAUAUAUAUAUAUAAAAUACUACGCCAAAUUCAAAUUUAAAAAAAUAGCUGGCUUACAAAAGUGUAUGUUAACCAUGACAUUAUUUCUUUCUCUCUUUUUCUAUUUACAUUAAAAAUAAUUAAAGAUUUAAAUUACAGAAUACAAAUGGUAUUGUCUUAUUGCAUAUGUUAAAUUAUACAUUCUAUUAAAUAUUUAUAAAAAAAAAGUUUAUUUUUAUAAUCUUAUGAAGAUCAUCGAUUUAAGCUUUUUAAUUCCUGCUAAAU